AUGAAGUUAUUAGAUGUCAACAAAAAAUCAUUGAUUAUUAUUUUUAUUGCAAUGGUUUUAGUGGUUUUUGGUACUUUAACAAUCUUGAUCAAAAAAAUAAUUGAAAAUAAAAAUUUUUUAUCCUAUAUUGAUAAUAUUUGUCUUUUAACGUUUUUUAAUAAAUGUUUGUUAAUCCACCAAGAAAGUCCAUUACCAAGGCAUAAUUUUAUAAAAAAAGACUUGAAUUAUUUAGACAACAAAAACUCCUUUGAUAACCAAAUAAUUUCAAAACACCGUAAUAUUAAUGGCAUUAAAGAAACCUAUGCUAAGAAUAAUACCUUUGAAUAUUCUCAAAUUAUAAAUGAAAACCAUAUAAUUUUUUUUGCAAAAAAUCAAUUCAGAAAAUACCUAAUAUCUUGCGAUGGAGUUGAUGAGGAACUUUGUUUUCAACAGGUAUAUUGUGAUGAUUUUGGCCAUUUAUCACUAAGACCAAAUUUAUCGAAUUCUAACCACUGCUUAAAUUUUUGCUCGUGUCAUUGA